UGUUGCGUGGUACUUCGUCGGGGAUUCCCACUGUUUACCCAUGGAAGACAUUCAUAUAUUGGGCGCAAUAACCUAGACAUGUAUGACACAUUUGGGUGUGAUGUUCUACAUUUUCUCGUAUAAACUGAGUUGUCUUCUCCAGUUUAUACCACCGCAGUUCCAAUUUUGCCCUCAGCUCAACAUCAGUCCGUAGUUACUUCUGUUUGCCUCGGACUCAUUGAAUAAUUGAAGUCAUUCUGCUCUGACUCUCUGUUGAUUUCUGAAUCUGAUCAAUCUGUACGGUACCUUCACCUUGGCCUUGAUUAUGAGUUUGACGUGUUGCCUUCUUCGUGUUCUUUUGUCGUUUGCAGAAUAAGGGACUUUGGUUACAAUGGCUGAUGAGCAAAAGGUUGCUGUCCUCGCAAUGAACGCUCCAGGACCAGGAAGGACUUCAGACGAUGGCUUGGUCACAACGCAAGAUGCCAAGAUGAGAAAGGAGCUGAAUGCCUACGCCGUCAUGGCGUACGUGGCCGUCUCUGAUCGCAAUGCGAUGGCGGAGCAGCUCAAAGGCCUGACCCAUUUCACACAAGCUUUUAAUGAGCUUCAAGAGAAGCUAGCGGCGGCAGAGACGAAGGCAGAGGAUCUGCAACUGGAAGUCUGGAGAAACGAGGCCUUUGUGACACGAAGCAGGAUCCAGCUGCGAGUGAAAGACAGUGAAAUAGCUGGUUUAAGGAAAGACAUGAAGAAGGGAGAAAACUUUUCUGAAAGAAAGAGCGCAGAGAGUGAUGAAAGCGUAGAAACUUCAAAAGCUGCGGGGAGUGACUCGGUAGACGGGGGGACAGAGGAUAAAGAAGAGAAGAAGGAAGAAGGUACAAAUGCAGAUAUGGCGAAGCCAAAGUCGCCUCAACCUGGAAAGUCUGACUAUCUGAUGAGCCGUGGAUUGCAGAUAGGCGUCUCAAGAGAAAUCCAUGAAGCAGUCAUCCAAGAGAACCUUCAUCUUAAGGGUCAUCUGAAGCAACUCUUGGUCGACCAAGGAGGAAGUCUUAAAGACCUAAUGGAUACCAUCCAGUACAAGGAAAUCAUCAAGCAACAAAGGAGAAAGAUUGAUGAGAAAGAGGAGGAAAUCGCUAAGAUCAAAGCUACUCUUGAGCAAGCCGAUAACCCCAAGGAACAAACUGCUAAGACGCUAUUUGACAUGGAAGGAAAGGUGAAAAAUUCUGAGAGGACCAUCAAGAUGAAGCAAGUGAUGAUCGAGGCGCUGUCUACUCGGAUCGAGGAACUGAGUAAGGCUCUUGAGAAGCUCCAACAGAGGGAUGACAUACAGAUAGCCCAUAUGAGAUCAGCAUUCUCAGACGGAUCCCGCUCUGCAUUAAUGGCUGAUUCUCCUGUCAAUCAGGUUUUGCCUUCGAUACAAAUCAAGAGCCUAACGAAGGAGAACUCAAGACUGAUGAAGCUCCAGAAGCACCAAGAAACUGAAAAUGAAUCUCUGAGACAAGAAAGGGAUAAGGCUCUAGCUGAGAAGACGGAGAAUCAGCGACAAUUGGCCACCCUCUCCCAAAUAAAAUUCCAGCCUUGUUCCACCUGUAAAGAUCUCAAAGCAGCAAAGGAACACGCAGAAGAAGAGCUCAAUAUUACAAAGGGCGAGUUGUCUGCUGCAUUUAUUCAGGUGGACACGUAUAAAUCUGAUUUCAAGGAGCGGUGUGCAGAGAUGGAGAAGACAAAAAGCAGCCUUCGCAAUGAGUUGGAAACUUGGAAAAGGAACUGUCAAAUGCUUAAUAGACAGAUGGAGUCGAUGAGGCAUGAGCUCGAUGAGCAGAUGAGUAAUAACGGCAAGCUGCAAGCUGAAAAUCGAUAUUUCACCCAAGCUUUGGGACAGAGAAGAAAUGACCCUGCAAUGUACCCUGCCUCCAUGCCCCCGAUGGCGGCAGAGCAGUGCGGAGCAAUGGUGAAUAAUCCUUGGCAGGAGAGUUCAGGCUAUGCCAGCAGGAAAUCAGAGGUAGUCGUUGGAAGGGAUCAGUGUGAUCUGCCAUCCCCACAAGAUGAGGCCACCUCACCCCACAGCCAUCAAUAUUCCACAGCACGUCCAGGCAGCAGUAACAACAGACGAAGGCAGAACAAGUUGAACUGUAUGAAAUGCGGACGCGAGUUCUCUAUUGAAAGGGUACAAGAUUAUGAAGACCACCAGAGACACUGCGGGCAGAGCAGGUUGACCUGUCUUAGGUGCAGACGAGAGUUCUCUCCUGAUAGGCAACAUGAUUACGAAGACCACCAGAGAAGUUGCACAGGACAUUGAGAUUGAAUCAUCAUGGUAAAAGUUGACCUUUUGUGUUUUCGUAAAUUUAACUUCCGAUUCACAAUCCUGAAAAACCUGUGUGGAACAUCAAUUUUCUUUGUUUCUUUGAUUCUUCUUUCUUCUUUUUUUUUCAUUUUAAGCUUGAAGAUUGAAAUUAAAACCCAAGUUACAAGUGGGGGACACAUGUAAAUGUACAAAUUCACUAUAUUUCUUACUUUUUAGCAAUCUUUUUAAAUCCUUUUCUACACAAUGUCUGUCCAUAUUACUACCCAAGUGCAGCAAUAAAGAAAUAAACCUGUAUAUUGUUAUUGCCAUUUAAAAAAAGAAAAGUUCAUUAAUGUAAUUGACAUGUAGUCAAUUUCUCUUGUUAGCGAGUACAUGUACUGUAGAUCCAGAAACUUUCGCGUGUUGCAAAAAUUUAGUGUUGUGUCCAUUGUGAUCCAAGUAUUAACGCACGGCACAUUUUGCGAAUCUGAAACGCUUUAAAUAUCUCAUGCAUGCAAUGGUUUUUGUUUUUACAGGACAUAAAAUCAAGUACAUAUGAUUGUAUUAUAUAGCAUCAAAAUUUGGUAAUUAAAGUUUUUUACUCAAGGGCCCAGUUUUAUAAAGACUUGCGAUCCAAAUCAAUCGUUAGUCCUUCAAUCAAUCGCAAGUUUGCAGUCUCUUAUCUCUUAUGUACAUAGUUGUGAUUGAUAUCAAUCGCAAAUAAGUUGCUAUUAAUAACGAAUCUUUGUAAGAUGGGGCCCCAGGAUGUACAUAUUUUUUUGGUUCAUUCUAUCAGUUUUAACCUUGCCAAGUGUGCAGUGAAAUAUUUCUAUGUUCAUUUUUGACGGAAUAUAAUCUUGAGUUACAAUACCAUAUUGCAAUGAUUGUAAUGUUUAGUACUGCAUUGUAUUGUUUGUUUGAAAAGUGGCGUAUCUUUGAUGAGGUACUAGUGUUUGUUAAGUUAUGUUUCUUGUAUUUAAAAAACAAAAAUACAGAAUAUUCAGUUUACACCUGAUCAUUAUACAGAAAACUAAGCAUGCAAAUCAAAGAAAAAUGAAGAUAUGAUCUGUAAAUCAAAAUACAAAAUUUUAUUUAGUACCAUAAUACAAAUAUAGGUUUUCACUUAAAAAAUUAAUGCUUUGAUUUUACUUUAUUUACAUUAUAAUUGCACAUAUUGGGAGGUAAUUACAUGUACAUACUGUAUGAAUGGAAAGUGUGGAGUGUUUCCUUCCUCAUUAUAAGUAUGGUAUAGAAAAUCAUGAAAUAAAAUCAUGAAAGUUAUGUUACAUGGUUACAGAUUCAUAUAUUGCUUCUCGCAUUCAGAUACACUUUGUAGAAUCCAGAGAUAUUUUGCAACACAUACUGUAUUGUGUGUGACACAUCAAUCAAAUUGUUUUUAUAUUUACUAUGUAGAAAAAUACAGUGAAACCCAUCUAUUAAGGCCACCCACAACAAUCACUUUUUUCUAGAAGCUUAUAUCCGUAGGAAUUAAGAAGAAUAUUCAGAAUUUUAAGUAUUAGCAAUAAAAAUUGAUAGAUUUUUAGUACACAUGAAAUGUUGUUUUACUGUACUACACAGAUUAUACAUUAUUUGCAUAAUAUAUAUCUCAUACUGUCAUGAGAAUGUUUUUGUGGGACAUUAAGAUACUGCAUUUAUCUGUUUAAGUUUUAACUUGAACAAGAAAAGUUAAUUAACAUCAUAUCUUGCAGCUCACCCAUAAGAAUUUUGAUUUUCUUUGUUUAAUCCUACGAAGGCUAGAGAAUCAUGUUUUAAUACUACCAUUGCAUGUAUAUGUCAUUAACAAAAAUAUAUAUAUUUGUAAUUUUGUUUUUUAAUACAAAAUAUUACAAAAAAUAAAAAUUAUAUUGGUAUUUUUUGCAUACAAUACUGAAAUAUAUUAUGAUGAUUUGAAUCAAUGUUUGUUUCUAUACAAAUUAGAAACAUUUUAUUAUUCACAUGUACUAUAAUUUCAUAAAUCUCACAUGAAAUACGUAUAUAUCAAUAUAAAAAGUACAUGCAUAGUACUUUGAAGUCACACAUCAUAAAAAAUAAGACACUCUGACUCAUAUAAUAUAAAAAGAUUCAAAUUUUAGUAUGAAUGUUAGGAUUGAAUCUCAAAACAGUUGCAUACAUGUAUAAUGCCAGUGGAAUGUAAAAAAAUGCAUACCAAUAGGAGCCAGGAAGACAAAACUCAUUAUUUUACGUAAAUUGAACACCUUUCUGGCUUUAGGUCAUUCGGGCCCUGUUUCAUAAAACUUGUUAUCAAUAACAAGUUGCAAUAACUGCUAAAAGCUUCUGAAAUUGUUGAAUUUGAUUGCCAAGAGCAAAUUUGCUAUAGAAAUUUCUGUGAAGGGAUUAUUCAGAUUGUCCUCAAAUUUGACACACUAUUAAGAUCCCUCAGUUAUUCAAGAUAUUCAAGAUAUUUUAUUCAACCAUAACCAUCAAAGAUUAGUUGACUAGACAUACAACUCUGGCAGUCAAGAAAUCAAAUAAUACUUGUAAGGCAAAUAAAACUUUUCAACAUUGUCAUUCACAUAUGACUUGCAUGUACUGUAAACACAGAAACUAUAAUUCAUGGUUGCAAUUCAAUUAUUUUGCUGCAUUAAACUGUCAUAACUCUGGAUCAUGCAAAGAUUCUGAUAUAUAUCUCAGUAUUAUACAUCGGUUGUAGAAACAAAAAUGUCAUUUCAUUCAUAUAUAGCAUGCAUAUACUGUAAACACAGAAACUUUCAGUUAUUGCUAUAAUUCAUGAUUGCAAUUCAAUUCUUUUACUGCAAAGAUUCUGAUAUGUAUAACAGUAGUAUACGUUGGUUGUAGAAACAAAAAUGCCAGUGGUAAAAGACAUUUCACAUGUUGAGGAAGUUCAGACAUCCGUUUGUUGUCUGGUUCACUACUGGUGGCUCUCUGUGCUGUAGAAGGCAUCUAGGUAUCCACAAAUAAAAUCAGAAACGAGAGACCUGUCCGGUAGCGUGGAAGCCAUCCCAUAGAUUGCAGCCUGUAAAUCAUGAAAGAGUUGGACAAAAAAAAAAUAAUAGUUUCAAAAUACCACUUAACAGGAGACAAGAAAAGUGGUCUUUCUAUACAGGUGGUUGCUUAAAGCAGGUUUGACUGUGCUUUUGUAGGUGACAGGACAUACAUGUAAAUACAUUUUUUAACACAAGAAACUGUAAGGUUGCAAAUGAUACACGAUAGAACAUAUAUUGGGUUGUUAGGCAAUAUAAGAAAUAUUUCCUUCUUGAAAUAUGAUGUGAAAUUUGUUUUUGAGUGGUAUAUUCAUAUGCAUUGACACAGAUUAACCUGUUUGUUAAUAUUACUGUUAGUCAUGAGAUUAAAAAUUAGAAAAACAAA